AUGCUCGACCUAAGAAACGCCCAGCAUAUUCAGGACUCACGAGAUCUGUUGCGUAUACUGAAAUCGGAGAAGCAGGUUAAUGACGUCCUCGAUCGAAGCGUUUUCGCGGGCAACAACAGUGAAAAGCUGAAAAAAGACAUCCUUUGGAGGGCACAAUACGUCGGCCAAAGCGUGAACUUCUGGGAAUUGGCAAAAGCCGAUCUGCCGUGGCAGAUCUCGGAAGGCAGCCACUUGAAUAUGAAUGGUCCUUCCGAGGGUGUCCGCACGACCAAACUUGAGAAUGUCUCCCAGUCUCUGGCAAGACACGCCUACUACAAGGAUGCGUACAUUGCUAGGAGCCCAUUCCGUUGCUUCCAUCGCAGUGACGGCUUCCUUCUAACAAUGUCCCCGGCGGCUGGAGUGAAUUACCUCAACACCAACCUGCCGUACUAUUUGAAUAUGUCACGGGAAGAGCUGGCUGAGUCAAACUUCGCCUCUGUGUUUGCUCAGGUUUUCAAGGAGUUUUCUGAGACCGGCACAGAGACAUGGUACCGGAAAGACGUGGAAUGGUUCCUAGUAUACCUCAUCACUGAGAUUGGAACCACACCACACAACAUCCGCCAAGGAUACAGUGUGCCUUCCCUGAUGGAUGCAUACGAUGCUAUCGUUCAUGAACUGGGUAAUGUUGUGGGCGAUCCUCCACACAACGAAAACGGCGAGACGCCUGCAGACAGGAUCGCUUUCGCCCAGAACAGGAUGGAAGAGUCUCUUGAUCAGUGCAAGAGGCUCAACGCUGACCUCCGCGAGUCUUUGAAUUCGGUGAGGAUAUGCUCAUAUAAGAACCUACCCGACAAGUCUUGCUGA